CCACCCGAGGCCCGUUCGAAGCCGACAUUUUCCUGCCGCGGGAGUCGAACGCCAGCGCGCAGCCGUGCUCUCCCUCUUCUUCCCCAGCCCGGAAUGGCGUCGCUGCUCUCUCGCCCACCACCUGCUGCACCGUUACUUAGCGUGGCAUGAACGCGCACCAAGCAGGGCUGAUCGGAGCCCGAGAGUCGAACGGGGAGCGCCGGUCACGGAGGGAGGGGCGUUGGCUGUCGUUCGCAGCGCGCAGUACAGUGCGAGAGCGCAAGGACGCCUUCGUUCGUCAGUAAAACGGCCGGCGGGCGUCGGGGGGCUUCGCUUCCAUUCUAUUGGGCCAAUUGGGUGCAAAUGAAAAGAAAAAACACAGGAAAGGCCAAGUGCACUUGAAUAGCGCAACGCCGAAACAGUACAGGAAGCAGAUUUGCACCUUCCCAACCAGCCGGGGAUCCGUUCGGUGCCUCGCGGUUGCAAACGCAUGAUGUGAAUCACGUAACCGGCAUCGGGCAGGAAGCAGAAUCUGCUCUUUCUUUCGCGCUUGUUCACCCGAAGUGUGUCCUUUGGCGCCACAUCAUCAUGCUGCGCUUGAGCCCAUCCAUCCCUUCUCGCUUCUGUCCGUGCAGCUUUAGGAAGCGAGCGGUAAGAUGGCGUCUCCCGCGAGUCACCUUCUUUCCGGGGGCUCCUCCUCCGGCGCCUUCCACGCUCACUCACCUGUGAGCAGGUCACCAGGCAGGUCACGCGCGACAUUCGAUUCGUUCUUUACUUUAGCCGAACCCUACCUACCGGCGUUAUCGACUCAUUCGUUCGCUUGCGGAGCUACCGAGUCAGUGAGGGCAAGUCAAGUACCUUCCGCGAGUCGAGGGUCCGACAGCACAGCCGGAGCGGAGGAGGCGGGAGUCGAACCUGUGACCUUUGGCCGUCCAAAAGUCAGUAGCUGUAACUUGUGUUAUAAGCGCUACGCUGGGCCGCUGGGGCCUCGUCACAGUUCGCUUCGGUGGCACUUUACCGCCCGUCCAAGUGCGUGUGCGUGUUCGGUCAAUCGCACGGCUCUCCUCCACAGUCCACAACAAGCACCGUGACCGUGCGUGUCCGGCGGUGAGUGACACUCUGCGCACAAGCGGCCGCUUCAGGACACGCCGCUGCGUCCCUUUCAGCGAGGAGCUGUGCUGCAAAUUCGCUCAGAGCCGCUAUGAUGAGCAGACGCGUCAGCGACCUCUGCACCCCUGCCUUCUUGGUCGACCUGGACAAGGUGAAGGAGAACGCGAGGGGGAUGCAGGAGCGCUUCCGGAGCAUCGGAGCCCAGCUGCGGCCUCACAUGAAGACGCAUAAAACAGCCGAGUGCGGUGACAUCAUGACCGGCGGCUCUCGCCGCUGCGUCGCCGUGUCCACCGUGGCAGAGGCCGCGUUCUUUGCUGAGCACGGCUUUGACGACAUCCUCUACGCGUACCCUCUGGCCCCGGACAAGGUGGAGCGCUGCGCCCAGCUCUCGGAACAGCUCUCCCUCUUCCACGUGCUCAUUGACAAUGCUGCUGCCCUGCAGGUGCUCAGAAAGCGCCCCCUAUUGGGGGGCAAGACGUGGCAGGUGUGGCUCAAAGUCGACUGCGACAACGGGAGAGCUGGAGUUCUGCACUCGGGACCAGAGGCUCUGUUAUUAGCCCAGGAGAUCUGGCAGAGCGAAGGGGUGGAGCUCACGGGUGUCUACGCCCACUGCGGAAACACCUAUAGCUGCUCGGGAGCGGAGCAAAUUAAGGCCGUCGCCCAAAAAACCACCAGGCUGAUUCUGCAAUUCAUGGAGAAGCUGAAGGCCUCUGGCAUCGACGGCCCCAAGUGCAGCAUCGGCUCCACCCCAUCCUGCAGCCACCCUGUGCCAGACAUGGCUCUGCUUAGUGAAGUGCAUCCUGGGAACUAUGUCUUCUACGAUGUGCAGCAGUCACUCAUCGGCUCGUGUUCUCUGGACAACGUGGCGGUCCGAGUGCUGACCCGCGUCAUCGGGCACUACCCCCACCGCAACGAGCUGCUGGUGGACUGCGGUUGGACCGCGCUGAGCCUCGAUGGUCAUGGUCGGCUCCCCAGCGGCUAUGCUGUAAUUGAAGGGCACCCAGAGCUCAGACUGCUCUCUAUGACCCAGGAGCACGGCAGGAUCGAACCCAUCUCUGGGAACCUCGACUGCAGCAAGUUCCCUUUGGGUUCUACUCUCAGUCUCAUUCCUUACCACGCGUGUGCCACGGCUGCCAUGCACCCCGUGUACUUCGUCCACUCCAAGGGAAUCGUCGUGGACACGUGGAAACCGACGAGAGGAUGGUAGCGCCCAGCCGACGAGCUCACUGUGAAGAGUUCACAGGAUGCAGACACCACGCCACAUUGGCUCUGUGCCGCCGUGUAAUUCUUGCCCGUAACAGGAAACACUGUGAAAUUGUCCAAAACGACGUUAAACACUUUGGAGUGAACUUGACACACUGAGGUAACGGUCUGCUCAGCAGACCAACAGCUGUCAGACAUUCUUACCCUUCAAUACUGUGCUUCUGCUUGAAUAAAC